UUCAUGAUUUUGAAAAAGUGAUUGUGUAUUAAAAAGUAUUUGGUAAUUUGGUUUACAAAAUGUCCAUGAAAUUUUAAAAUUGUUCAUAAAAAUUAGAACAGAUCCGUAAACAAUGAAUAAAACAGACAGUCGCUUACGUAGAGGUUUAAUUAGGGGAUCUGUAGAGGUCAUUUUACGAUUUUAUUUAGUCCCUCGUGCGUCAGGUAAGAAAAACGUUUCCGUGUUCUAUACAACGGGAGCCCCAUAAAAUAUAAACAACUUUCUAUGGGUUCGUUUUUGUAAACUAUAUUAAAAUGACUAGAUGUUUAUUUUGCCUUCAUACACAACUAUGUUUAUUCUGGUGCCAUAGUUUUUACUGUUAUGGAAACACCUCUAUGCUAGGUCAAGGCGAGACACAUUAUUCAUCAGUCUAGCUCAGGCAUGGUCCCUCAAUGCAAUUUGCGCAGCCAAAAAAUAUUUUGUUGUGACGCCUUACGAAAUCAAGACCAUCACAUUUUCAGUUUUUAAGAUGACCUUUUAAAAGUCCCUUAUCUCAUCAUAAUAUCAUUCAGACAUAGUUUGUGAAAUGAUAUUUUAACAUUCCUUAUAUCCUGACAUUUGAUUCGGACUUUUUUUUAUCUCUACCACAUCUGCAUAAUACGUUUGUUUUUCUUUCGUUGCAACACACGUGCAUAUUUGCUAGUAUACAUCAAAAGCAGAGGGAGAAGAUUAGUGAGCGCGAAAUCAAUUUUUCUUCACCACAGAUGCUAUCAUCACUUUCUGCCACCUACUCAAGGCCAUUGUGCAAGCUUGAGAAAAUUCCCCCCUGCUUUCUUUGAUGUGAUGGUGCACCUUGUUGUACAUUUACCCGAAGAGGCGUUGCUCUGAGGUCCCGUGCAAUAUGGGUGGAUGUACCCAAUUGAAAGGCGAUUGUAUACUUUGAAAUGCUAUGUGAGGAAUAGGGCACGACUAGAAGGGUCAAUUGCUGAGGCAUAUGUUGCUGAUGAAUGCCUGACAUUUUGUUCCAAGUACAUCAACGAUGUUGAAACAAGAUUUAACCGGGAGCCAAGAAAUAUUGGUUUUUCAGAUGAAGAAGCCUAUGUUGCUGAUGUUUUCGGGCAUGGAGUUAAUUUUACUUCAGCGUAUCAAUAUGUAUAUGUUGAAAAUUAAUCUGGUCAAAUGAUGUGGUAUGUGUUGAACAAUUGUAGUCAAGCUGAGAAGUAUAUAGAAAUGUUCAAGGGUGAGCUAGAGAGAGAAGGACUGAGAGAAGGACUGCCAAACAUUGAAAGAAGGCCUCGGAAAGGAUUCCAGACAUGGUUCAGGAACUAUAUAAUGAGGUUGCGGAAUGAGGAUGCCAAAGAGGUUGACAAAGAUCUCUUUGCCUUGGCAUGUGGUCCUGAUUCGAGAGUCAGGAAAUACUCAUCAUGCAUAAUGAAUGGCAUUCGGUUUAGUACUGUUAACCUUGAUAACAGUAGGAGAACACAAAAUAGAGGAGUCGCGUCUGAAGGUAGGCAUGACAGGAAGGUCAUUGACUUUUAUGGAACCCUGAAAGAGAUCAUUCAGUUAGACUAUAACUUGGAUGACAGGUCGGUUGUUCUGUUUAAAUGUGACUGGUUUAAGCUUGAUGGGAAGAAGACUGAACCUCAAAAUGAUGGGGUUUUUUACAAGCAUCAACGUGGGAAGUUUAUGAUACAAGGAUGA